UGCAGACACAAGGUUUUUGUUUUUGGCUUUUUAAAAUGUUGUCCGUAGCUGCCCGUGCAGCGCCCAGCCUUCGACUUUUUUCCUGCAGUUUCGUGUGACCCGGAUUGUCUACGAGAGAGAAAGAGAGAGAGAGAAGCAAAAGUGUUGUGAAGACUUUUCCUUGCAGCCUCCGAAGAAAAAGAAAAUAGAUCUAACCGGAAGCUUAAAAGAGUAACUUUUAACACUCUUGUUUUGGCGCGGGGCAGGCGAGCGGAGAGGGAAAUUGCUGUUGGGUAUUUUCCACUCGGGAUUUGGUCUGUUUUUGCACCACGCAAGUUCUCAUUUAAAGAUCGAAACUUUUUGCCCUUUCCCUUCUUUGGGGGAAACAAAAAAAGAUUGUACGGCUGCAUGAGAAGGGACAGUCGCAGGCGCUCAAUUUAUAGCUGGCUGUUACGCAACCUCCCCCAGGCAAGGGGAAAAGCGAACUUGAUGAAACGUAGGGAAAAUAAGGAAUUGCUUCUCCUCUCAGAGCUUUUUUGUGACCACAACUUCCAGCAGGCCCGGACUCCGCGCGCGGCCUUUGGUUCUUCAGCAGGGAAAGCCCUGCCUUCUUUGGCGGAUGGCUGAAAGACCUUUUAGUUUAAGGAAUUGAGGUUUAAGGGAUUGAAAACACCUUUUAAUUACUCUCUUUUCCAAAGAAAACCCCAGACUAUUAAAAAGGAAAAUGAAGAAGCUUCUGAAGUGCUGGACAUGCUUGCCUUUCAUCCUUUGCACUAUCCCAACUAAUUGUGGAUCAACUCAGAAUAUCUGUAAAAUCACAGAUAAAACGGCAGACUGUAGUCAUUUAAAGCUUUUUCAAAUUCCCUCCAAUCUCCCAGCUGAUAUAACAGUGUUGGACAUUUCACAUAACCAGCUGAAAACACUGCUGCCUAAAAACCUUACAAAGUACAAUCAGCUUGUUUAUUUAAAUGUGGGAUUCAAUUCCAUCUCUAAACUAGAGAUGGGCUUGUGCCUCAGUUUACCUUUGUUAGAGGUAUUGAGGCUGGAGCACAAUCAGUUGCGUAUAUUAUAUGGAGAUGUUUUUACUUCCUGUACCAAUCUGAGAGAGCUUAAUGUGGGAUUCAACAUUCUGAAUACAAAAAAGGAUCCUUUCAAAAAUCUGAAGAAUUUGACAUUCCUUGAUGUCUCUCAUAAUCAGUUAAGUUCUACAAAAUUAGGGUCACAGCAGCAAUUACAGAAUCUACAAGAGCUUGUGAUGUCUCAAAACCAAAUUACAGAAUUAAAUAAAGAAGAUCUAUACUUUCUUGGUAACUCUUCAUUAAAAAGAUUGGACCUUUCAUCAAACCCCAUAAAAGAGUUUCAACCAGGCUGCUUCCAAGCUAUUGAAAAUAUAUAUGGCCUUGAUCUGAACAACGUUCCAUUGGGACCUGAUGGCACAGAGAAACUUUGUUUGGAAUUAUCUGGCACAAAAAUACAGAACCUUUCAAUGAGCAAAGUGCAACUUUCACGGAUUUCCAAUUUGACCUUUAGUAGAAUGAGUAAAACCAACCUUACCAUUUUAAACCUAUCAAAUAAUUAUUUGUCUGUCAUUGAAAAUGCCUCAUUUAUAUAUCUUUCAAAUUUAAAAGAACUAAAUCUAAUGAAUAACAAUAUUACAAAACUGUUUUCUCAUUCUCUUUAUGGACUUCACAAUCUGAACUAUUUGAACUUGGAAAAUUCACACGUCAGAAUAAUUGAUUUGGCUUUCCAGUGGCUAACUCACUUGAAUUACCUUAUUAUGGAUGGUAAUAGAUUUCUGGAGAUUACUCCUCAUACGUUUAAAGGUUUAGAAAAUUUGAAAAACCUGAGUUUAUGUCAGUGCAAUAUAAAUUCAAUAACAAAUAUGACAUUUGCUUCACUUGCAAAUUCUUCUCUGCAAUUUCUCAAUCUAACAAAAGCUGGAAUAGUUUCCAUCAAGCCCAAAGCUUUUUAUUGGCUAAGGCAACUAAAAAUGCUUGAUUUAGGUUUAAAUAAUAUUAAGCAGAACCUUACAGGUCAGGAAUUUCAAGGUCUUAGUAAUAUUGAAACUCUCUAUCUUUCAUAUAACUAUCAGUUGAAUUUGACGAGUGAAUCAUUCACUCUUAUUCCAAGUCUUCGAAAACUGAGAAUGAGAAAGGUACGUUGCAGUAAUCUUGCAAUCACCCCCUCACCAUUUCGUAAAUUAAAGAAUUUGACAAUCCUGGAUAUGGGUAACAACAAUAUUGCUAAUAUAGAGGAUGAUAUAUUUGAUGGACUGCAUCAGCUUGAAAUUCUUGACCUGCAGCACAAUAAUCUGGCUCGACUUUGGAAACACACUAACCCAGAUGGUCCUGUUCUCUUUCUCAAAGAUCUUCACAACCUCCGUCUACUGGAUUUAGAAUCAAACGGCUUUGAUGAGAUUCCACACAAGGCUUUCUAUGGCUUAUCUUUAUUGAGAAGCUUGAAUUUAGAUUCCAAUCUCUUAAAUCUACUUCCCAAGUCUGUUUUUGAUGAUCUGACAUCUCUGAGUUUUCUCUUCCUCCAAAAGAAUAUGAUCACAGCUAUUGAUGAGAAAGUGUUUGGUGCUGUUUUCAAACAUCUAAAAGUAUUAAAUAUGGCUUCAAAUCCAUUUGACUGUACUUGUGACAGUAUAGCUUGGUUUGUUAGGUGGCUCAAUAGCAACAAAACAUAUAUCUCAAAUUUAAACAAUUAUCAAUGCAACACUCCACCCAAAUAUCACUCUAAUUCAGUAGCACAGUUUGAUACUUCUAUUUGUGAUAAUGCCCCCUUUAUGCUGGUAUACAUUUUGUGCACUACUGCUGUAUCAUUGCUCAUCUUUAUAGCUCUGCUUGUUCACUUUGAAGGAUGGAGAAUUAAAUUUAUGUAUACUGUGGCUGUAAACAGAGUAUUGGGCAUCAAAGAAAUAGAUAGACAACAACAGCAAUUUGAAUAUGAUGCCUACAUCAUUCAUGCCAAGAAGGACAUGAACUGGGUAUCUAAGAACUUUAUUACCCUUGAAGAAAAUAAUCAACCAGCCAUUCGAUUCUGUUUAGAGGAACGAGAUUUUGAAGCUGGAAUAUCUGAAUUUGAAGCCAUUAUCAAUAGCAUACAGAGAAGUAGAAAGAUCAUAUUUAUUGUAACUGAACAUCUCUUAAAAGAUCCCUGGUGUAAAAGGUUCAAAGUUUAUCAUGCUAUACAACAAGCCAUUGAACAAAGUCGGGAUUCUGUUAUACUAAUUUUUCGACAUGAUAUUCCUGAUUACAAGUUAAAGAAUGCACUUUGUUUACGAAGAGCAAUGUUCAAAUCUCAUUGUAUUUUGGAAUGGCCUGUGCAGAAAGAACGUCUAGAUGCCUUUUACCAGCAAUUGAAAUCAGCACUUCAGUCCAAUAGUAGGGUAAUAUAAUUUGUUUUAAGAAGAAUAUUGCAUGCAUUUCUGGGUUAAAAUACCACACUAAAAAUAUGAUAUUGAAAAUAGAAGUAAAUGUAAAACCAUUCUUCCAGGAUUCUUUCUUCUAUCCAAAAUAGGAGAGUGUUGUAUCCAAACAUACAAAAUGAAUGAGUAGCAUUCGGGAACAUCAAAUGUUUGCUGCAAAAGGCAGUGAACGUAUUUAGGAGGUGAGACCAAAAAUAGGGUAUGUACUAAAUAAAAAUGUAGUUGAUUUUAAAUCCCAAA